CGGAUCAGAAGGUCGUGGGUUCGACUCCCACUGUGGUCGUCUUCUUCCUUUUCCUUUCGCUUUUUGCCCAUCCAUGGAUCCUCCUCCUGCAGCUGCAGUCUCGAUUUUGGAAAACCAACGCUGCUGAGAUUUUCAGAGGUUCACUUUACCCCAGCGACAAGGAUGGCUGCCAAUGCCAUCGGACGAAGCAUCGCAAAUCGCCUCCUUGCCGGCGGCGCCCCUACGCCUCCCACCUAUCACCGCCGGUCCUCCUCCUCCGCCGCCGCCACGCCCAAGGGCGAGGGUUUGUUCCUGCCAUGGCUGCGGAGCAAGGCAGGGACCCGCAUUUCGUCUGUGCUAUCUGUCGGGACCUCACCCUUGGGAAGGUCUUUGUUUGCUUCAAAGCGCAUACGGGAGGGGGACUGUAUAAUGGAAGUGCCUUAUAGUGUUCAACUUACUCAAGAUAAGCUUCCAGAACGACUGCGCCUACUUCUCGAUGAUGUUGCUGGAGACACGGCCAAGAUUGCUGUGCUCCUCAUGAUGGAGCAUCACCUGGGACAUAAAUCAGGAUGGGCGCCAUAUGUUAGAUCUCUUCCACGCAAUGAUCAGAUGCAUAACAUGAUGUUCUGGGAUCUGAAUGAGCUUCAUAUGGUCCGAAUUAGCUCAAUUUGUGAUGAAGCCAUCGAACGGAGGGAACGAGCCAUGAAGGAAUUUUCAGCUGUGAAGCCAUCUCUUGAAUGUUUUCCACAUUUGUUUGGAGAAAUCAAGCUGGAGGAUUUCAUGCAUGCUUCUGCAUUGGUUUCAUCUCGAGCUUGGCAGACUUCAAGAGGUGUAUCACUGAUUCCGUUUGCAGAUUUUCUUAACCAUGAUGGUGUUUCUGAUUCUAUAUUACUAUAUGAUGGACAGAAAGAUAUCGCUGAGGUCAUUUCUGACAGAAAUUAUGCUGUUGGUGAACAGGUCAUGGUAAGAUACGGGAAAUACUCAAAUGCUAUGCUAGCACUUAACUUUGGAUUUACACUUCCCAGAAACAUAUAUGAUCAGGUAAAACCAACUUCAACAGAUAAAUGGUCAAACUGCUAAGGAAGCUUAGUUAUAUUUUCUUGAAUUGUCUCCUUGAUAUUUGCUACUGUGCAUGGAUAAUUUGACUAACAUGUGCAUUUUCAGGCAUGUAUUUGGAUAGAUAUGCCAGAGAAAGAUCCACUUUACAAGAAGAAACUUGACAUAUGGCAAAAGCAUCGUACUCCAAAAUCUGAACAUAUGUGCAGCUCUGACUGUACUAGAACUUCUUUUGCCAUAAAGUAUGUCGUC